AUGCAAAUACUUUAUAGUUAUUUAAUUUCUCUUAUAAUAGGAACAUUAACAUUAUGCCUUGGAGUUUAUCAAUUAGUUCAAUGUGACUUUUCUAUAGUAACAGGAUAUGGAAUUGCACGCAUAUUAUUGUCUUUGUCUUUAUGUUUUAUUGGAAUUUUUAUUGGACUUUCCCAAUUAUUUAUUAGUAUAUUACCGAUAAAAAAAAGAUGGGAAAUGAUUCCAUUAGAAAAAGAUUAUUGUGGACCAAUAAUUAAAGACAAAAUUGAUGCAAAUUAUGCUUAUCAAUUAUAUUCAUUUUUUAAAGAAGGAAAUGGUAAAGGAUUAUUAUGUAAAAGAGAUGUUUUUAGGAUUGUUGAAGAAGCUAAUAUAAUAUUACAAAAUAAAGAUGGAUUAGUUAAAGUAACAAUUGAACCAAAUGAACAUAUUACAGUUGUUGGUGAUCUUCAUGGACAAUUUUAUGAUUUAUGUAAUUUAUUUAAACAAAAUGGACUUCCAUCUGCAACAAAUAAAUAUAUAUUUAAUGGAGACUUAGUUGAUCGAGGAGUAUUUGGUAUUGAAAUUGUAUUAACUCUUUAUAGUUUUUUAAUCGCUUUUCCUCAAUCACUCUUUAUUAACAGAGGAAAUCAUGAAACUUAUGAUGUUAAUUAUUCUUAUGGAUUUUUAACUGAAGUACAAAGUAAAUACGAUCAAGAAACAUUUAUAGAAGUAGCUGGAUCACUUCGUUGGUUACCUUAUUGUCAUCUUAUUAAUAAUUCUGUUUUUAUUGUUCAUGGAGGAUUACCUCCAACACCUUUGGAAAUUGAAAGAAUUAAUCAAUUAAGACGUGGAGAUGAUCCUGAAGAUGGUUCUAUUGAAUCAGAAUUAUUAUGGAAUGACCCACAAGCAGCAAAAGGAAAUAGUCCAAGUUACAGAGGUAUUGGACAUUUUUUUGGUCCAGAUGUAACACAAGAAUUUCUUAAUUUAAAUCAUCUUGACUUAAUUAUUAGAAGUCAUGAAAUGAAAAUCAAUGGAUAUGAAUGGAAUAUUGAAAAUAAAUUAAUGACAAUAUUUUCUGCUCCAAAUUAUUGUGGAACAGUUGGAAAUAAAGGUGCAUAUGUUCUUUUAUCUUUUAAUGAAAACACUAAACCAAUUACAAAGAUUAUUCAAUUUGAUUCAGUAACUGCUCCACAUAUUACUUUAUCAAAGGAACCUAAACUUCAUGAAUUUGAAGAUAUUGAAAUUGAUGUUGAAACUAUCUGGAAUAAUGUUGCCCCAUUAUUAGCUUGUGCCCUUUCAUUGUUUGCAAUUAUUAAUGAAUUAUAA